CAACAUUCCUAUUCCAUAGAAGUUCUCAGGCAGCUUCAAUGGAAGGAGGGAGCCAAGAAGGCCCUCUGUAAGUCUGAAGAUGAUCAUUACAACAUGGAUUGUAUACAUCUUUACCCGGAAAAAUCUAGGGCUACCCUUCCCACCAAACGCAAACUCGGACAUUGAAGUUGUGGAAAGUGAAGCUGUAUCCGUAGUGCAGCAUUGGUUGAACAAAACUGAAGAGGAGGCUUCUAAGAGCAUAAAGGAGAAGAUGUCUACCAACGACCCUCCCACUCAUGGACAGGACGUACAUGUGACCAGAGAUUUGGUGAAGCACCAUCUCUCCAAGUCUGAUAUGUUAACAGACCCUAGUCAGGAACUCCUGGAGGAGAGAACGAGAAUCCAGUUUAUAAGAUGGAGCCACACCCGUAUCUUCCAAGUACCAAGUGAAAUGAUAGAAAGUGUCGUGCAGGACCGAAUAGACCAAGUGAGGCGAAGCAUAUCUCAUCUCAGGUGUGACUCAUAUGACGAUCCAAGCUUCAGAACUUCUUGCUCAGAAUGCUAAGGCAAGGAAACCCAUAGGUUGAAGGUGCACAGAGACAAUGAACAGCCUGUGUCCAAAGAGUGUCCACCUCAUGUUUGACCUGAAGGGUGACCAGACUUGAGCAGAAGGGCUAUAGAGGCUAAGCCCUUGGUUACCACCUUGAUGACACUGGAAUCUUCUUGCUGAAGUGCUAAUAAAGAGACAUCUUAUCUACCAACUA